AUGGUUGCAGCUAUGCAGGCAACAGCCGAUGCACUAGGUAAUAAGAUAAACCAGGGUAAUCAUUGGAGCAAUAAUAAUGAGGACGGUCCUAUGACACUUGCUACAUUUCUGAAAGCCCAACAGGUUCCUGAAGAGCAAUGGGUUGAGUUUGGAACUUAUCAGUUGCAAGAGAAUCCGAUCGUCACUGAGUAUACUUGCCAGUUUGAGGAGUUAUGUCGCUUUUCUCGUAUCUGUCAAGGUGUGCCUGAAGAUUUUGCUGAAUGGAAGUGUAUUAAAUAUGAGGGAGGUCGUUGGAGUGAUAUUCUGAGCUUCGUUGCCCCAAUGGAGAUCAGAGUGUUUUCUGAAUUGGUGAAUAAGAGUAGGGUGGCUGAAGAGUGUGUGAGAAAGGCGGCAGCAGAAAAAGGAAGUUUGAGGGUGCCUUUUCAGAGGCCUCAAGGAGGAACUUUUCUCCGAGAGCCCGGGCAUAUAGCCACUAAUUGUCUGGAGAAAAAGAAGUAUGAGACUGGUAGGGUGCAACAGCCAGGGAGAGUAUACACCACUUCUAGCAUAGGUGCUGAGGGAUCUGAGACACUGAUUAGAGGAGCAACUCAUUCAUUUAUUGCAUUUGAAAAGGCCAAUGAAUUAGGAUUGAGAAUGGUGGUUUUAGGUUAUGAUUUGAAAGUAUAUAAUGCUACUCAUGAAGCUAUGGUGACUAGGAUAGGAUGUCCACCAGUUCCCUUUCGAGUGCAACAGCGUGAAUUUGUACAUGAUUUGAUUUGUUUGCUUAUGACUGGUCUUGUUCUCAUCUUGGAAUUGGAUUGGUUAUUCAAGAAUCAUGUUUUGCUUGAUUGUUCUGAGAAGUCAGUACAAUCUAUGUCAGAAGGGUCAAAAGCACCGGUUGUGGUGAAUAGUUACUAUUUGAAUUCUAUGAUAGUAAACUAUUCUAGAACUCAAUGUCAGGGUAUUAUGUUAUUAACUAUGGGAGUAUCAGGUGAUGAUCAGAGUUUAGAGCAGAUUCCGAUUGUAUGUGAAUUUUUAGAUGUGUUUUCGGAUGAUAUUAAUGAAUUUCCACCUAACCGGGAAGUGAAAUUUGCAAUUGAGUUGGUGCCUGGAGCCAGUCUGAUUUCGAUUACUCCUUAUAGAAUGUCACCUUUAGAAAUGGCUGAACUGAAAGCUCAGCUGAAAGAUCUAUUGGGUAAGCAUUUUAUCCGACCAAGUGUUUCUCCAUGGGGAGCGCCAGUGUUACUGGUAAAGAAGAAGGAUGGGAGUAUACGGUUGUGUGUUGAUUAUCGGCAAUUGAAUAAGAUCACUGUGAAGAAUAAAUAUCUGUUGCCUAGAAUUGAUGAUCUAAUGGAUCAGUUACAAGGUGCCGUGAUGUCUUUCGGGUUAACUAAUGCCCCGGCCAUAUUUAUGGAUUAUAUGAACAGGAUUUUCCGACCGUAUCUAGACAAGUUUGUUAUUGUCUUCAUUGAUGAUAUUCUUGUUUAUUCUAAGAUUGAAGAGGAGCAUGCUGAUCACUUGCAAACUGUGAUACAAAUUUUGAGAGACAGAAAGUUAUUUGCUAAGUUAUCUAAAUGUGAGUUUUGGAAGAGUGAGUUAAAGUUUCUUGGCCACGUGGUGAGUAAGCAGGGAAUAGCUGUGGAUCCUGUUAAGGUAAAAGCAGUGAUGAAUUGGGAGCGACCAACUUCAGUGACAGAGAUCAGGAGCUUCCUAGGUUUGGCGGGGUAUUAUCAGAGAUUCAUUAAGGAAUUUUCACAGCUCGCCUUACCUUUAACUAAAUUGACUAGGAAGGAUACGCCUUUUGUCUGGACUCCAACGUGUGAAGAGAGUUUCCAAACAUUGAAGCACAGGUUGACUACUGCACCUGUGUUGGUACUGCCUGAACCAAGUGAGCCGUUUGAAGUGUACUAUGAUGCAUCGCUGAAGGGUUUGGGGUGCGUUCUACUGCAGCACCAGAAUGUUGUAGCAUACGCCUCACGUCAAUUAAGACUGCAUGAAAUGAACGAUCCGACACAUGAUUUGGAACUUGUUGCUAUUGUGUUUGCUUUAAAGAUUUGGAGGCAUUAUCUUUAUGGCGUUAAGUUUCAUAUUUUCUCUGACCAUAAGAGAAAAGCAAACGUUGUGGCGGACGCCUUGAGUCGGAAGUCUUUAUAUGCAGCUUGGAUGAUGCUACAGGAAGAAGAGUUACUAAGAGCAUUUCAAGGUUUGAAUUUGGGAAUUAGAGAAGAAUUUGGAAUUUUGUGUUUGAGUCAUUUGCAGAUUUCAAGUGAUUUUAAGUCAGAACUUCUGAAGGCUCAUCAAGACAGUGAAGCGUUACGUAAGGUAUUACCAACAGUUGAACAGGGAAAACAGUGGAGAGUGUCAGAAGGACAGGAUGGUUUGUGGAAGUUCAAGAACCGGAUUAUUGUGCCAGAUAUUGGGGACCUACGACAGAGUAUCUUGAAGGAGAAAGUUAAGAUUGAGUAUCAGAGACCAUCAGAGAUCCUUCAGCCUUUGGAGAUUCCACAAUGGAAAUGGGAGAGCAUCGCAAUGAAUUUUGUGAUAGGUUUGCCUAGAACCCGGUCUGGUUGUGACACUAUUUGGGGAUCCUCGCUUUACAUCAAGAUUCUGGGGAGCUUUUCAGUGUGCAUUUGGGACUCAGUUAAGUUAGAGUACUGCGUAUCAUCCUCAGACAUAUGGUCAGUCAGAGAGAACUAUUCAGACCUUGGAGGAUAUGCUAAGGGCUUGUGUUUUGGACCAGCUAGCAAGCUGGGAUCGAGGCGAAAGCCUUUGGAAUUCGAAGAAAGAGAACAUGUCUUUCUGAAGUUUACACCAACCACUGGAGUGGGAAGAGCUAUUAAGACUAAGAAACUGAAUCCCCAUUAUAUUGGGCCGUUUGAGAUCCUGAAGAGAAUUGGACCAGUGGCUUAUAGAAUUGCCUUACCACCAUAUCUUUCAAAUUUGCACGACAUGUUUCAUGUAUCACAGCUUCGGAAGUAUACUCCUGAAACAAGACAUGUUCUGGAACCAGAACCAAUCCAAGUAAGAGAAGAUCUAACACUUCCAGUAAUUCCAGUGAAAAUUGAUAAUACUAACAUUAAACGAUUACGCGGAAAGGAAGUAUCAUUGGUAAAAAUAGCUUGGAGUCGAGCUGGUAUCGAGGAACAUACCUGGGAGCUCGAAUCAGAUAUGCGAAAAGACUACCCACAUCUCUUUUCAGGUAACUGA